GAGCUCAAUUGGUGUCUUCAGACUGGGGCUCGGGGCCAUCCUUCUCCGAGGCCACUAGAGCCUCAGCGAGCCUCUCUCUAAUCCUGCCUUAUGCUCACCCACCCAAAGGCCGGUCACCAGAGGGAAACUGGGACUGUUCAACCCUCGCUCCCUCAUCAACACAGAGAUGGCGGUAGGUGACACAGUGAAAGCAAACAGAUCUGGUUCUCAGUACUGCUGGUGUCUUCAACUCUACCUUUGUGGCCUCCCCUCUCUAAGUGACAGUGGCCUUGGAGUAGUGAUUGCCUCUUCACUGGCAAGCCAACACAGAGGCCACUGUUUCUCCUCCUCCACCACCUCUGUGGCGGUCAGAGUCCAGAAAGCUGAGCAGUGGGCGCUCCCGACGACCAGCGGCAAGGUGGACACCUCUGCUCAGCUCUCCCUGGAGUUGCGCUGCCCUGCUGAGAUGAAGGCUUCGGUGGCUGCUUUCCUUCUCCUUGUCUUUGCCACCACGUCUGCGUCUCUCUUCCAGCCAAAAAUCCCUGAGUCGGUGAACAUUCCAGCUGUCUGCUGCCUGACGUAUAAUGAGAAAGUAUUGCCACGGAAACUGGUAAUAGGAUACCGAGAGGCCCUCACCUGUCAUCUACCAGCAAUCAUCUUUGUCACCAAGAAGAACCGAGAAGUCUGCACCAACCCCAAUGACGACUGGGUCCAAGAGUACAUCAAAGAUUCCCAUGUACCUUUGCUGCCUCCCAGGAACUUGGCCUCGGUUAAAGUCACCAGAACAGAGAAAGGCCAGUCCCAGCUCCACUCCCCAUGAUGAUGAGGCCUCCAUGGAAGCCCAGGUGUAGGGAGAAAGGAUCCCUAUGGUCUGAAGUAGCACAGUCAUAGAGACACAGGUCAAUGAUCAAAAUAAAAGUAUUUUGAAUAUUGUCUUAAUCUUGGGAGGAAAUGUCAAAGUUAAGGGCAGGGAAAAAGACAGUCUCGAUUCAGAGAAAAAUCUUUCACCUUUUCUUACUCUGUGUCCCAUUUCUCACCUUCCACCAACACACCAGUUAUUCUAAAUAUUCCAGUUUCCAACCAACCAAACCAUCUCUGGCUUCUGGAUCUUGGCCUAUUAAAAGUCCCAUAGAACUCUUGAUUUCUCCUGUUUAUCUUAUUCCUUUCCUGGAUCUAUUUUUCUCCCAUUAUUCUUUUUUUCCCCAAAAAACAUAAUUUGGUGGUCGGAAGAGGGGAGACCAGGGUGAGAAUAUUCACAUGUUAAUAGCUUUGUACCCUGUAGCAGAGACCUGGCUGCAGCCCCACCGCCAGGUUUGGUCCUCCUCAGAAGGUCAUGGAAAGGAUUCCAGACCCAAAAGCAGAGGUGUGCACCUGUAGCUUCCACCUGUUAUGCAGGGCAGAGAAAGGGCCUUAGGUUAGGCUGGGGGUAAACUCUCAAUCCAGAUCUUUUAAGCUUGCAAAUAAAUGAAGUGUCCUUAAUUGCCAA